GUGUUUAUUAUAUUACGAAGGAAUGAGAAUGGAUAGUCGUCGGUCUCAUCGCCAAGCUCCGAUAUCACGUUCAGUAGACCAAGUGUUUCCCAACCCUUCUUCUUCUAUCAGAAAAGAACAAAGUGACCACUAUGAAAGAGUUCCUAGUCAAAAAAGGGCACCCUAUUUUUCCAAGAAUAGUGAAAAGGAAGACAAGUCUUUUUAUGAACAGUUGAGAAGACAACGUGAACAAGACGAAAAUAGUGACUGGGAAGAGACACCUGGUUCCAUAAAAGCACCUGUAGUUUUAGAAGAUGAAGACAUCGAGUUUUUGGAUCAGUUAAAGAAGAAAAAGGAGGAGAGUUUUCGUUCACUAGAUGAACAAGUGGAAAAGUUUAAGGAACGACGUCACAACACGGUAUUAUUAACUGCACAAGAACAGGUAACGAGAGAACGGGAUACGGACUUCGGUUUUAGCAAAAGUAUUUCUGUGCCAAGUGCAGGAAAGCGCAAGUUUGGAAGGCUACCAAGAUAUUUGAAAACGAAAGAGAAACGAGCCAAGGUUGAGUCAGCUGAGUCUUGUAUUUUACCAAGUUUGAUUCCGUAUUCAAGCAAUGGAUCGGAAGAAGAGGAGGAAUCACACAAGUCUCUCGGUGAGUAGCAGCCACGGAGAGCGUGUCCCGGUCACUUUUUGGAUGAGAAAAAAUGAGUGACGAAGAUGACGUGUUGUGAUCGAGACACGUUGUGAUUUCCGUUCCAUUUUCGUCAAAAAUGUGAUGAGCUGCUUUUGGGAUAUUUUUUCGAGGAAGUGAAGAGGGUCUGUAAUACAAAAAGUGUAUAUAUGGAGGAUAUUAUAUCCAAUGGAAUAGUAGAUAUAGAGUACUCCGAUAUAUACCUCUCUACAGUAUUAUCACCUAAUACGUUUUCUUUGUCUCUAAAAGGGACUCCUGUGGAUUUGGAAAAAAGUGGGUCUCUUAAUAACCUUUCAGAUGCAACUGGGAGUCAGCAUUCAGUAACUGGAUAUAGCUUUUUAGCUUUUGCUGAAAAAUAUUUGGACAUGCCUAGCCAAAGGAUGGACUAUUAUGAUGGUUUGCCUUGUUCCCUUUCUUCUUCUACUUGUUCACCUACCACUAAAAAUGUUCCUAAAACAACAGACCUCGGAGUAUCUUAUGUUUCUAGUUUAUUUGGGAGUUGUGUUACAAAUUGUGAGUGCGAGGAGGCAGAAAUUAGUGAAGAGUUGCUUCUACAGGAGCAAACUAGUUUAGGAAUAGAAAACAAGCAUGAUUAUCAUAAAGAAGAACAGUCAAAGAGUAUAAACUAUUCUCGAGUAUCAGAAUGUGAU